GAGGUUAUUCCCAUGAUAUAUUAUCCAUUGCGUAUUUCAGAUAAGAUUCCUCUUAACCUUAUUAAUCAGUAAUCACUCAACAUCAAUUUAUAUUCUAAAACAAUGAGUUUUGUAGGUAAAGUAGUGUUAAUAACAGGCGCAAGUUCGGGAAUUGGGGCCGCAACAGCCCAACAUUUCGGCAAACUGGGCGCUAGCUUGGCUCUAACCGGUAGGAAUGCUGAAAAUCUAAAUAAAGUCGUGUCAGAAUGUAAACUUCCCCCGAACACUCCCGCACCACUGGUACUAAUUGGAGAACUGACCAAUCCCGAAGACACCAAAGCCAUCUUAGACAAAACCAUUACUCAUUAUGGUAAAUUGGACGUGCUAGUGAACAACGCUGGAAUUUUGGAAACCGGCACGAUUGAGACCACUUCCUUGGAACAGUAUGACAGAGUCAUGAACACAAAUGUAAGAUCUUUGUAUCAUUUAACACACCUGGCAACUCCAUACUUGAUCAAAACUAAGGGAAACAUUGUAAACGUCUCAAGUGUCAACGGAAUUCGAUCUUUCCCUGGUGUUUUGGCUUACAACAUUUCAAAGGCAGCAGUCGAUCAGUUUACAAGAUGUGUGGCCCUGGAAUUGGCUCCUAAACAAGUACGAUGCAACAGUGUCAAUCCUGGUGUUGUAGUGACAAAUUUACAGAAAAGAGGGGGAUUGAAUGAAGAACAAUACCAAGCAUUUUUGAAGAGGAGUCAGGAGACACAUGCUUUAGGGAGACCUGGGGAACCUGAGGAAGUUGCUCAAACUAUAGCAUUUUUGGCUAGUGAUGGGGCUAGUUUUAUUACUGGGGCAAGUGUUCCUGUAGAUGGAGGCAGACAUGCUAUGUGUCCGAGAUAAUCCAUUUCAUUUUUCCGUUAUAUUGUUAUAUUUUUGGAUUCAAUUUUUUAAUGUACCUAAUACAGAUUGUUAUUACUA